UUUUUUUGGUUGACCAAAUUCCACACUUUGAAUCAUUGAAUUCCAUUCAAAAACCCUUGCAUUGUGGGUGAAAAAACGCCACCUGCUGGAGAAGACAGAUUUUGGGCCUCAAGUCUCGGUGAAUAGGAGUAGACCAACAGAAGGUAAGCUUCGUGAUACACCAACCUUCUAGUGACCCCCCUUCCCUUUCGCUUACAAUGCGUCUCUCCCCUUCUUCAACGAUCGCUUUGGUUGAAUCCAAAACAGAACAUCAUGGCGAUUGAUGGUGGUGAGCGCAACUGCGGAGUACAUGAGCUCAUCUGCAUCAGAAAAGUCUCUCCAGAGACGCUGGGGUUUCUGACGGCCAUCGGACUCUUCCUCAUUCUGAUGAUUAUCCUGUUCUUAUACCUCAACAACAAGCUGUCACUUGAGAAUGCUGGGAGCCGGCCAUGCCUAGACGAGUUCAGGAAAACCAAGGAGUUGCAAGAAAAGAUCUACCCUGACGGUGACCUGAAGGGUUCGUCGUCAGACAGCGAGGAUGAGGUGAUGGGCCAGUACCAAGAAGCAAUCAACCGUUCGCAGGGUCUCCGAGGCGGGGCUAGCGGCAGCCAGUCAAAUGGCUACGGCUGGGAGAUGAGGCAGAAGUACAGCCCCCUAUCAGCCGAGUAUGACGGCUACAGCAGCGAGGCCUCGGCAGAGGACGCGAACUGCAUCCAGAGGAUGAGGCGAACGCCCCCGCUGGAUGAGCUUCAACCACCACCGUACCAGGACGAGGACGGCUCCCCGCGGAUGUCCUACACACCAUCAGACCUGGGCGACGCCAAGUGCAACCUGUCCCAAAACAGCGACAGUCCCCAUCACUCCUACGGCAAGUGUCCGAGCGAGGCCAGCAAUGGACAGGAGACAGAGAGUUACCUAAACAAGGGGUAUGAGGAGGACAUACCCAGCGACAGCACAGCUGUGCUUAGCCCAGAGAAGCCCUUAUACAGGUCAUGGUACAAGAGCAACGAUAAACUACGUCGAAAACAUAAGGACAUGUCAGCCCGGGGGUCAGCGUCUCAGCUCCCCAAGGGCUAUGAACCGGAACCCCUGGCCAAAUAUGGCACUCUAGAUGUGGUGUUCGACUACAACUCCCAGGACCAGCGGCUGGCGGUGACGGUCACGGCCGCAACAGACAUCCCGGCCCUCAAGCGUACAGGCAACGUUGCCUGGCAGGUACAUCUGGUGCUGCUGCCCACAAAAAAGCAGAGGGCGAAGACGUGCAUCCAGAAAGGGCCCUGCCCGGUCUUCACAGAGACCUUCCGCUUCAGUCACGUGGAGUCAGAGAUGAUCGGCAACUACUCCAUUCGAUUCCGUCUCUACAGCGUGCGGCGGAUGAAGAAAGAGAAGGUGCUGGGAGAGAAGGUGUUCUACCUCACCAAGCUCAACUUGCAGGGCAAGAUGUCGGUGCCGGUCAUACUGGACCCCUGCUGUGCCUUCCCUCAGGGCGGUGAAUCCCAGCCUAGUAUAUCGGAGAUGUCCUGCAGCGAAAGUGCCUCUUCAUUCCAGUCAGCCAGCCAAGGCUCCACACCAGAGAUCUUGGUAGGGCUCGUCUACAAUGCCACCACGGGCCGUCUCUCAGUGGAGAUCAUAAAAGGCAGUCACUUCAAAAAUCUGGCUGCCAACAAGCCACCCAAUACAUAUGUCAAGCUGACCUUAUUGAACUCAAUGGGCCAGGAGAUGUCCAAGUGUAAGACGUCGAUCUGCCAUGGCCAGCCCAACCCUACAUACAAGGAGACGUUUGUCUUCCAGGUUGCCCUCUUCCAGCUGUCAGACGUGACGCUCAUCCUCUCCGUGUACAACAAGCGCAGCAUGAAGCGCAAGGAGAUGAUCGGUUGGAUCUCGCUAGGCCUCAACAGCUCUGGAGAGGAGGAACUCACUCACUGGACCCAGAUGAAAGAGUCCAAAGGACAGCAGGUCUGCCGGUGGCACAGUCUGUUGGAAUCAUAGACCGACAGAAUACAGGAGGAAGCAAAGGUGGCUGAGAAGAAGGAAGAGAGGGAUGGGGAACAGAGGCACGGCUAAGCCCAUAGGUGUCUCUGCUCAGGUGAAACAUUCUUUAUGUGGACUGGGUUGAUGGGUUGGGCAUGGUGGGUGGUGUUAUGUGGUCUAGGCGAUGGCAAAUGACUUGACAGUGUUACUUAAUAUGCCAGAUUUUUUAAAUCGUCUUUGAUUAGGUUGAACACUUAGGAUGAACACUUGUCAAAGCUGAUACGAAAUUCCCUGCAGGGUCCUAGCAUCUUGUCAUGGUUGCAAUACAUUUACAAUUUGACACAUUGGGUGAAAUAUUUACAGUGCAAAAUCUGUGCUGUAAUUGAAAGAGAUCAUAUUACUUCAAGUGCUUACUGCUCCAUCUAUUGUUUCCACAUGUGUUUGGGAAGCAAAGAUAGAUACAGUAUGUAUUGCAUAUCUGCACUGUUUAAUGCUAAACCUGGAUGAAUCAUCGAUUCUCUCACGUAAUUGUACAAUGAGAGGAAUAGGAAUACAUUCUGUUUUGACAAUAGCAGUGCUCUUUCGCAUGUACUUACAGUGCAUUCGGAAAGUAUUCAGACCCCUUGACUUUUUUCACAUUUUGUUACAUUUACAACCUUAUUCUAAAAUAGAUUUAAUAAAAAAUGUUCCUCAUCAAUCUAUAUACAA